AUGCUCGCCCCCAAAUUCCCAUUCACCAACACCCCACUACUAGAAGAGGCCGCUCCCACAUACUCGCCCGAUCAGGUCCCCUCGUGCGGCGGCCAUGGUAUCUUGGAGAUCCUCGAGGUAACCCGCUUCCUGGAGGCGCACGGGAUUGAAUGCUGCGUGGUGGGCGUUUCAGCUUUGAUGUUCUACGGCGCCGGCCGUUCCCGAGAUGUGAAUCGCCAGGAAUGGGAUCUCUGCGUCCCCGACGACAAGCUUCACGAGGCUGCAGCUCUUCUCGCAUGUGGCUCUAUCGCUGAUAGACUUCACCCCGUUCCUCCGCUCCCUAUCCAACACCCUUCUUCGCUCAGCCAUACCUACCACCGAUUCAAAGGCAAAGGCAUCCACUUCUACGUGAUCCUUGUCCCCGCUCAUGACGCCCAUAUUCCCUCCGGUCCCUUUCACAUCAUGCGCAGCAUGAAUAACAUCCCAUAUCCGACGCUGCAGGUCCUCAUGCAGAGUUUCUUGGACACAAAUGACGAGGUAUCACUUUGUGACUGCAUCGAUGGGUCGAAUGUCUCCGAGGAGUGGGGACGAAGGUAUUUGGAUUUAGAGGGUUCGAAUGACCUGGAGUGGGCGAGCCGCAUGAAUCAAAAAGCCAAAGAGGCCGCUCAGGGAAGAGGCUGGCCAUUUGUGCACUAUUUCCCAACACAGAAAAUCAACAGACGAGAAAAGUGGGAAGCCAGGGUAAGAAGCAAAAAGGGACGACUCGAGUGGAAGACACCGGAUUCCUUAUUUGAAACACGAUUCCGCCUUAAGGGCUCUCCGGACCCAUGGACCCAGAAGCUUAUGUCCUGCUAG